AUGUUAAACCGCGAAAAUAUAUUUAUCUCAAAAACAAAAUUAUCGAUUAAACCUGUUUACUUGAAUGAGCCAAAAUUUAAAGUACGAAAUAGCAAUGAUGAUUGGACAAACGAUCAAACGCUAAAAAUUAACAAUCUGAAUGUUUCUCAUAAUGCCAACAAAAGUGAAUCGGCAUUUUCAAGAACCAAAAAUUUGUGUAAGAACUUGUUCAAAACGCAGAAAGAAAAUGAAAAAGUUGCGAAUAAGUUGAAUGAGGAAAAAAUAGACAAGACGGAAUGUUCUAAUCGAAGCCGAACUUCGAAGAGGCAAGGUCUGCCUGAUAAAACUCAAAAGAAUGUGGAGAUCAUGAAAAAUACUAAGAUAUGUCAAAAAUCAAACAACAAGGAAGUCACUAAUGUUUCUCAAGGGAAUGGAGAAAAAUUAAAAUGCUUCAAUCGUUGCCAAAAACCGUACAAUCAAUACAUUAAGAAUGCGCCUCAGAAAAAUGCAGAAAAAUUAAAAUAUUCUGAUCGUUGUCAAAAACCAAACUAUGAAAAAAGUAUAAAUGCGUCUCAAAAAAUUAUACCUCACUUGUUUAUUGAUGUCCCUUUAAUUUGUUUGCCAGACAAACCGAAAAAUCCAAUCUGCUCUUCAAAUUUACCUGGCGGCCAUCAACACCAACAAGUAAUAAAAUCCAUAAAAAAAUUAUUUAACGAUAACAAAAAUGCUUCUAGAAUGUCAUUCAAAGACACAAACAAUUCACAAACGCCUUUUAAACAAAAAAAUUAUUCGAGGAUGUCACUUAAAAACAAAAGCAGAAAUUCUGCUCCAGCCGAAGGCGAGAGUGCAGAAGAAAGUGGAGAGGAGGAGGAGAAAGAGGAAGAGUCGCAAGCAACAGGAACAAAAACGGAAGCAACGGCGGAAACUGCAGCUACAACACCUGAUGUUGGAGAUACUGCAAGUGCGAAAACUGAUGAUGCUUCAAAAGAUCCAUCGGACGCUGAAACGGCUAGUACAGCAAACGAAACUAAAUCUGAUACAAAUGCUCCUGCCACCGAUAGCACGGCAACUGAAACAAAGACUGAUCUUCCUACUCCUAGCUUGGCAACAUCAACAACUGCAACUAAGUCUAUCAUGAAAAAUAUUUCUAGUUUGCCAACCACUGCAACCACAACCAAAUCUAACACAAGAACCAUUCCUAGUUUGGCAACUUCAACAACGGUAACAAAAUCCGAUUUAAAAAAUUUGGCAAGUUUAGCAACAACAACAACCGAUACUAAGUCAGAUCUGAAGGAUAUUCUUCGACUUAGAAAAGGUAAAAUACCGAGCAAACCGGAAACAAAACACGACGGAAUCAGUAGUACUGUUGGGAAUAACAUUAAAAACAAUGAAGCAAUAAAAAGUGCCGACAAAUCCAAACAAAAUUAUCCGCCUGACCUACAUACAAAAAUUCAGAAAAAAGAGAGCGAUCGAGUCAGUCGGAGCGGUCAAGUUAGUCCGAGUCGUCGGAAUAUUCAGAGUAGUCGACAUAGUCCGAGUGGUCGAAAUAGCCCGAGUCGUCGGCAUAGUUUGAGUCGUCAACAUAGUUCGAGUCGUUGGCACACGAAGAUAGCGAUCGAAGAAGUCGGAGACAUCGAGAAAGUCGGAGCGGUCGACAUAGUCGUAGUGGUCGACAUACACGGAGCGGCCGCCAUAGUCGUAGUGGUCGACAUACACGAUGUGGUCAACAUAGUCGGAGCGGGCAAAAAGUCGCUGUUGAAAAAUGGAUAUCAACAUCUAGACCAAGAAGGAGAGAACGGAACGGGCGGCAGAAUGGCCUCUGUGGACAAGAACAGAUAUUGCGCCGAGUGGAUCAGGUGCCGACCACUAACGCCACCCAACACUUAUAGAAAACUUAGUGUAACGAAAUGUUGCGAAUCGGUUUGCUCGAGGAAAAACUUCAACGACGUAGGCUUACAUAUUAACAAUGAUCUUGUGAAAAAAAUUAACGUCCGCGAACCUUACCUAUGCCCUGCACCGACCUUCAACUGCCCUAAAGCCCCAGAGGUCAGAAAUAUUUUCACCCCGUGUAUAGCAAACCAGCAACAAGUAGAGAGAAUUCAGGGCUGGAUGCACCAUCAGGGUACGUGGCCCUUUCCUGCCAACCAUCCGCAAGAUCCCGCAACGACUCAUCAGCAACCGUUCUGCAAUUCAAAUACAGUCAAUCAAAAUCCACAAGUACCAGCGAUGACGAACGGCAGUCGGAAUCCGACUCUCAAUCAGACUCGCUGCUUGACCAGUACUGGCAUGAUGGAGAUGAAUCAGGCAGCAAUGCAAACCUGUAACUUUGUGCCCCCCAUGCCAACUUUCUUUGGGCCCCCCUCCUGUGUGCCCCACAUGCCCUCCUCUUUCGUGCACCCCUCCUUUGCGUCAUCCUCAUAUGUACCCCCCUCGGUGUGCGCUCCCAUGUCCAACAAUAUGCCCAACUGUUUACACAAUGUCAGCCAACAGCCCAUGCUCAACGCAAUGCAGCAUUGUUUGCCACAGCCUAUGAGACCAUAUCUUUCUCAAUGUCCUGGCCAGCAACAAAAUUUCCUACCUCAAAAUUUCACCCUCCAAUUCGAACAACAAUGCCCACCAACUCUACAACAAUUCCCACCAACAAAAAUAAAAGCGAACUGUUGCGAUUUAGAAACAUUCCAGCAGUUGCUAAUGUUGGAGAAGAGCCUAACAUGA